AAUCAUCGAUGUCGUGCCCGAUAGAAAAUGCGUACGUGACCUACGAGAAUCCUUGCGCCUCGAUUGCAAGACAAGAUAACGCGUUGCCCGAGCCAGAUCCAGAAAACAUUUAUGGCAACGUAGAUCCAUAUCCACAAAACAACGAUCCCGUGGUCACGAUUCAAGGUGCGUCAUCGUUGACAACGAAGAAAAAACAAGGAAUUUCGAAACGAAUUCUUGUGCUUGUCGGGAUGUUUGCGUUGUUACUGAUAUUAGCGAUAGGCUCUCUUGUUCUAGCAAUACAGGCGAUCACAAAGCUUGAAGAAGCAAAAUCAGAUAUUGCCUUCUUGAAAAUAGUCAACUCUCAACACAACGAUGACUUUCAGAAAACAGCUCUGAACUUUUCUAACGAAAUUGAUGCAUUGGCCGCCGCUAAACAAAAAUUGCAGGAGCCUGCUCAAAAUUUUUCCCGUGAAUUUGACGCCUUGGCCGCUGCUGACCAAAGAUUACAGGAGAGAGUUCAAAACUUUUCUAAGGAAAUUGACGCAUUGGCCGCCACUGAUCAAAAAUUUCAGAAAACAGCUCAAAACUUCUCCCAGGAAAUCGAAUCACUGCAUGACGCCAAUUCCGACCUGAAAGAAGACUUACAAAAAACUGUUAAUAACCUGACCUUAGCCGAUUCUAAGUUAGAAAAGUCAAUACAAGAAGAUGUGAAAAAUAUAUCUGAUAUCAACCAGCUUGAAGACAAUGUCCGAAACCUCAAUAAAUCUCUAGGCGGUUUGAAGAAAGCGGUGAACAUAAAUGUUGUGCGUCUUUUUGGUUCUUCGUCUAAAAAUAUCGGGACUGUUGGAAUCUUCAAAUAUGGAGAGUGGGGAACAGUCUGUGACGACAGUUGGGAUAUCAACGACGCAAAUGUGAUAUGCCGCAUGCUGGGGUUUAAUCGUGCAACUGCAGCGCCGGGGGCAGCGAAGUACGGACAAGGGACUGGGUCGAUUUUUAUGGACGAUGUCAAUUGCAUUGGAACAGAAGACAAUAUAUGGUCAUGCCCACAUAUUGAUGAAAGCAGAGAAAAUUGCUUACACAGCGAGGAUGCCGGCGUAGCAUGCGUUUGAGAAAAACGUUCUUUGAUGAUCGACUCUAACGGAACAAACAAUGUGGA